GCGCUCAGACAGUUGGCCGGCGACGUCACUGCAGGCCGGGUCAGCCGUGAGUUUUCCGAGCGCCACCACCGACGGAGGUGUCGUCCUCUCUCCCUCGAGGAAACACAAGACGACAACAAAAAACGCGAUAAUUAAUAAAACCGACUCGCUGCAGACGCGAACACAAAAAAGUGCUGCUCCCCGAAAAUCACUCUAAAUCGAUGUCAAAAAUCGAAAACUUUGCCGGCUGAUGAACAAAGAAGUGCGUUUCGCGGUGAUUUACUAUUCGAGUGCAAGCAAAGUGCAGUGCAAAGAUUUUCCGCCUUUGUGCAGGCGGCGGCAGGCGGCGGCGGCCAGAUUAUUUUCCUGCAACCGCGCGCGCGAACCAAGAUGAUUCCGUACUCGAGCCAUCACCGACCGCGCGUGGUAACAUCUCAUUAUAUCGUCACCACAAUAAAGAAGAAAACCAAGCAAUAAAACAACACUCGACCUUAUCAUGAGGAGGAGGUGGUGAAGAAGUGAUCAUUUAUCGCGCGUUGAAGAGUUAUUUUGAAAACAAACGGACACAGGACACAAAUUCGCACGCACUUCCCACGCAUGAGUGUUUUCGGCACGGUGCGCCGCUGCUUUCGACGACACGCGCCCGUCACGUCGUUCACGCCGCCGGCGUCGCCGCCGCCGACCGCCACCACGCUGCCGCCGGCCAGUCGUCCAGUGCGUUACCAACAACGCCACAUUGCAUAAUCAAUGUCAGAAAGUGUGGUCUGUCUUAGACAUGGGAAGUGAGCACUAUUGCCUCAGGUGGAACAAUCAUCAGAGUAACCUGCUGGGCGUGUUCAGUCAGCUGCUGCGCGACGAGAGUCUGGUGGACGUGACGCUGGCCUGCUCGGAGGGCCAUUCGAUACGCGCCCACAAGGUGGUGUUGUCGGCGUGCUCCUCGUACUUCCAGACGCUGUUCGUCGAUCAUCCCAGCCGCCACCCGAUUGUCAUCCUGAAGGACGUGCGUUUCGCCGAACUGCGCACCCUUGUGGAGUUCAUGUACAAAGGCGAGGUGAACGUCGAGUACUGCCAGUUGUCGGCACUGCUGAAGACGGCCGAAAGUCUCAAAGUGAAGGGACUGGCGGAGAUGACCAACCUGGGAGGCGGCAACGGCGCCAAGCAGGAGCCACGAGAUGAUCCGGAGCAAGAGCCGGAACAAACCGAGCCCACCGAGUUGGUGAGCAAACCGUCGGCGUGCAGUCCGCUGCCGCGUGAGCGUGAUCGGAAUCGGGAGCGAGAGCUUCGAGAACACGUGCCCACACCGCCCAAGUUAUGCCACACGCCACCAGAUAGAGGUGGAGGUGCUGGAGGUAGCCCGCCACCCGAACGUACCCGCAGCUCAUCGGGCACACCGCUCACUUUGGAGGAGCAGUGUCGGCCCAGUGACAUGACGCUGCACAACAACGGCACCGCCGUUGCAUGCUCCACCAUGUUGAGCACAGGGUGCAAUCGGCUUCCUUCGCCCAUUCUCAGCGAGCCGCUGCCUGGACCCUCCAACAUGCCUCCCGUACAAAAAGUGCCUCUCUCGCUGAAAAAGGAAGUGGACUGGGGCGGCGGUGGUUCAGGUGGUGGAGGCGGCGGGCUUGCAGAUGAUAAAAGCACAGGCGAAAGCUCAUCGGAUUAUCCCAGGCAUUCGCACGAUCCUAUGUCGGUAGUCGAAGUUGAAAGGUGUUUCAGUUCUCCAUGUUUGGAUCGUCCGGCUUCGGCUCAUUCUUCGCGCUCCUCAACCCCAUUUGGUCUGCCAUACGCUUCUUUGGCUACCUCCCUGCUUGAAGUAGGCCUAAUGCAUCCUGCACUGAUCGGCGAAGAGAUGUUUCGCUGCACCGCUUGCAUGGCGGCUUUUCCGUCAAUCUGGCUUCUCGAGCAGCACACCGCCCUCCAACACAUUGGCUCCCUGACCUCGAUUGACAAACCCUUCGUCUGCGAACAGUGUGGACAAAGCUAUCGGUACCGCUCAGCUUACGUUAAGCACCGCGAACAAAAUCAUCGUGCUAGGCUCCCUGCAGAUAAAUUGUUUUCUUGCGAUGUCUGCGGCAUGCAAUUCCGGUACUUGAAGUCAUUCAAGAAGCAUCGUUUGAAUCACGCUUUGGAACGUCUUCAUGGAAAAAGUUCUGAAGCUAUGGGUGCUUUAGAAAGGGAGAGGGAGAAUACCCACAGGGAGAGAACCAAUGUGUUGGAUUCAACGAUUAUACGAGAUAUCAUGCCGCCCAUGGUAGAAAACAGCAGUGACCAGGUGUCAUCGUCCAACGAAACUCUUCCCGUCGAAGAUCAAGAUACCGCCCAUGAAGUGGACGUAGAUGUAGAGGUGGUCAUCAAGCAGGAGACCAUGUCUGAUGAAAUUGCCGAACCUUCUGAACCAGCUGAGAAUGAAGCUGAUGCAGAAGGGGAAGCUGAACAGGAUGAUACCAUCGACUCGUUCUCUCUUUCAACUCUGCCCGCCAGCUCUUCGGAAGCCUUCCGCUCUGCUCAAGAAGCGUCCAUUUUGAGCUUCCUCCGCGCCGAUGCGGCCGAACGUCAACGAGAGCGUCGUUUCGCUUGCCCUUUCUGCGGUAAGUGCGUACGCUCCAAGGAGAAUCUCAAACUCCAUGUGCGUAAACACACCGGCGAACGUCCCUUUGUGUGUCUCUUCUGUGGGAGAGCUUUCGGAGGCAAGUCCGACCUUACUCGCCACCUGCGCAUUCACACUGGCGAGCGUCCCUAUCAUUGCGACAUGUGUGGCAAAUGCUUUGCCAGGGCUGAUUAUCUGUCCAAGCAUCUGACGACGCACAUCAACACGCCUCGCUGAUAUAGGGCCCUUUAAGUGAAUAAAGGGCCCCGAAACGACUACCAUUCAUUUGAUGCCAUUUGAUUAAUUCAUCAAGGAUUUUUCCAGAACGCAAAUCCGCCGAAAAUUUAUAAACACGUUUUGGGGACGGUUUGUAUGUUGAGUAUAAAUAUUCUACUUGUUUCCGUCCUUUUUCGAAUUAAUAACUAACAAAAACUAAUUGGGGUUGGCAAAAUUGGGAAAUUUAACGCAAUUAAAAACUAAUUUCGGCUGUGAUUAAUAAAAACACAAGUAAACAAUGUAACAAGAAACAGUAAACAAAACAAAAACGAACAAGAAAUGUAAUCAAACAGAAAAUAUUAUAAAUAUCUGUUUCACAUAUUUGAAUCUCAGUCAAGACUUUUUUUAACGACUUCUGUUAUACACGUACGAUUAAUUUUAUUAAUAUUUUUGGUACCAUAAAUGUGCCAGAAAUUUUUUAUCGAUAUAAGACGAGUAUACUUAUACAUUACGAAGUAGAUACAUAUUAUUACGUAUUUAGUUUUGAUAUUUUACUAAUGUGAAACUGAUAUUGCAUAGUGAGUUACCAAGCAAUACAAUUUUAACAAAACGAACAAAUUGACGAAAUUAAAACGAAUACACAAGAGAAAACAAUACGCAUCCAGGCAUGCAAGCCCACUAACUUAUUAUAAUUACAUCCAUCAGACGUAAAUGUUUUCGCUGUAAACAAUAUUAAUUCAGAGAUGUAAAAACCAGUGACAAUUAAUAUUCCUGCUAGUCAUUUCACGAGCAACCGUAAAACAUGAAGACAAUUGAAAUGAAACGAGGCAUGUGAUACGUACUUACAACGAGUCGUCGACAAAAAAUACGUCGAAAUUGUCAGCUUAUUAAAUAUCGAAUAUAUUUUCUAAGUGUAAGUGUAAGCAUACUCGAUGCCUUCUUGAGCGAUUGAUAACAAAAAAAACGAACACAGGAAGAAAAUGAGCGUCCGAAUAAUUACGCCGUCGAUAUUCCGAACCAUCGAACAAAUAAUUAAUUAAAUUAUUAAUGAUUAACGUUUAACUCAAAUCAAACAAUAUUUAUUAUGAUUCAAUGCCGUGCCAAACGUACUUUUACCUCAACACAAACAAACUCAACUGUCAUGAAUCUAAGUUUAUGGCGCUUUGAAUUACACCUCAAUUACACCUGCAAUAAACUGAUCAAUGCUAAGCGACAUCGAACUGCGUUGCUGCCGCGACAGGAAUUAAUUUUAAUCGGGCGCAAUAGAAAUAUUAACAUUAAACAUAGGAUUGAAUUAUUUUUUAUACAGAAUUUUUAUGUACAGAAUACUAACCAGACUUCUACCAGACUAACCAACUAACAAUAGUUUAACAGCAGGAUUUGUUAUUGUUGAUUUAUAAAAAUACAGCAUAUUAUACAACCGUUGAAAUAGUAAUAAUUACAGUAACGCAAGAACAAAUUUAUAUAUUAUACAAAACUUAAGGGAUAUUGUCGUCUUGAUUUAGUCAAAAGAAAAACAAAGAAAUGUUGAAGAUAAUUGAGUUUUGACUAAAUCAAGAGGAUGAAUCUUCUUAAUUUUAACACUAAAGCUAGCCUCAAGGCUCCAACAAUCAUAUGUACCUCAAUAUUUGCCAUAGAACAAGUUUUAAACGUAAAAUCAAACUAUUGUUAUCAAUCUUUUUAGUUAUUACAUAGUUUAAUUUAUGCAAGCAAAAAACACUGAAAACAAUACAAAACAAUUCAUGUUUCGGAUGCAAUCGCUCGACCCUCGAAUAAAAUGGGAGUCAAUUCAGAAAUAUUCACACAUUUCGAAAAGAGCAAUUUGGUAAUUCAUUAUAUAAGUGUUUAGGAUUAGGCGUUUGAGAUUACCGACUAACAAUAUUAUAGUUUUGCAUAUUUUUUUAUUAAAUUAGUACCACUCGCUCACAGUGUUUGUAGGGAGCGACUUUUAAUUCUACUGUGUGAUAUUAUACGAUAGCGCGAGAUAAGAUUGCUUUUCACGGACUGAUUUUAGUUAAAGCAAACGAAAACGGUGCGGUUGUGAGUGAGACUGAUUUACAUAUUGUUAGAUUAGGUCAGUGACGCGCAUUGUGAUGGCCAGGAGCGAAUUUAGAUUAACGACGUGUGAUAUUUUCUCAAAUAUAUUUGAAACGGGGCAUACAAAGACUGAUUUUACAGUAGGAACUUCUUCUUCGAGAGUGCUGGGUUUUUAUAUUGAUUUAACCUUCGAUUGAUUGCCAGUUUGUAGUAGAGAUAAGAGAUAAGCAUAAUAUCACACAGUUUAUAUUUUUCUUCGUCUAAACAAGCUAGGAUUAAGGAAUGUUAAAGUGAGAACCGAAUACAAAAUGGGUGACAUCUAGACGAUGAGUCAUAAAACGAACGGAUAGUUUUUAUAUAAUUGUAAUUCUUCUUCAUAUGACGUGCCUUUUUAGUGAUACACACAUUCAUGAACAUUAACACAAAUAAACGAUCGACAAGCGAGUCCAACAAAAUGAAAAUUCCCUGCGGAUAACAUUAAUUCCUUCCAGAACGUUCAACUAAACUCAAAACAAAUUUUAAAACACACAAGAAAUUGUCCAAUUAUUAAUGUAUAAACAAGUAAAGACGACAUAGGUGUAUUGUUGUUCAAAUUGUUCUCUCCGUAAACUAUUCGAUAUGCAUUACGAUAUAUCUAUAAUGAGAAAUAUUAUGGGAUCAUCCAUCCAUGCGAAGGCCCCGAGACAACAUUCGAUCCAUUUUAAAAUCUAUGAUUAUUAAACGUGUACAUAUUUUAAACAGAUAUAUUUAUGGAUUCAUGUUCCUACUAUUUAACAAAUUGAUAUACAUGCUAAACCAGAUUUAACAUUAACAUUGCGAAAAGGUGUUCGAACGAAACGUGUUGUAGACACUUAAAACGACACGAAAAAACAAACGAAAUCGUACACGUAUAGGCGCAAUGAAAUUUAUGCUGUAAGGGAAAUUACUAUGAUAAUAAUAUAUUUAUUACCGAGAAAAUAAUAAUGAAAACUAUUGAAUGUAAAGCGGAGUCAAAUGGAGAGAAUAUAUAUUUUGCCCAGAGUUAAUUGUAUGUAAUUCGAUUAUUAAUAAACAUUGAUUCGAUUUUGAAUAACUCUACACGUAGUUAUGUAAGCAGAUGAGGAAGAUGGCAAACGAUUGCGGUGAAAAUAACGCGAAAUGCAAUGCGUGGUGAUAUUGUUGUGCUGUUACAGAGAAGUUAUGCGAGUAGUAAAAAUUGUGCAAAUAAUGAAAUAAUGGUUAAUGAAAUGUUAUGCAAUUUACAUGUUUGUAGUUGGAAACUGUGGGACUGAAACGAAUUAUUAAGGCAUAAUAAUCAUUUCUCAAUAAUCUUGUAAAUUUUGCGUUUUCUGAUUGAUUUGACGGUGUAAAAUUUGUGUAAAACUUUAAAAGUAUUUCACUUAAUGUCUAUUUAACUUGGCAGUUUGGUCAAUGUUGUCAAUUAAUUGUGGUUUAAACAUUUUCAAAGAAAUAAUAUGAUUGUAUCGUCUGUAAAUUAAUGAGAUAGGAGGGGCAUAGACUUAAUCAAACUUACACAGAUUAUUUACACCUUCGAAGCACAUGAGGGUGCUUUUUGUCUGUUGAAAUUCUCGAACAAAAUUCAACCUAUAAUAUUUUAUGCGAACAAAAUGUCUAAGUGUCGUUCUUCGGUGUCUCUUAUUAUUAAUAUAAUAUCUAAGAACUAUAAAUGUAAGCACUUUUUCGAUUUGUUUCUGGAUCUAAAUACCGUUGUAGUUUAAUAUUGAUGAUGACAUGACACAAUUAACAAUUUCAAACUUUUGUUGUGCCCUAAAUGUGUGAGCUUCUUAUGUUGACACAAAGACAAAACAGAAAGUAAUUAUUCUGUUUAUUUUAAAUUAGAUUGACAAGAAUAUGUAUUAUUCUAUUUCUACCAACAAAUAUUGUUAUAAGCUCUAACAUUUGAGGUAUAAUUAUUAUCUGUUCAUCUGUGUUAUUUAUUUUAUAUUUGUUUUGAAUUGUACACAUGUUUAUAAUAAUUUUAUGAUUUGUUACGGUCUGUUGUAAUAUUAUUAAGCGUUUGAUUGAAAUUUUCUUUGUUUUCUUUGUAAAUACUUCAGAUUUUCAAUGCAAUUGUGAUAUUAAUGAUAUUUUGAUAAUUUUUGAUAUUAAUGUGAAUGUGUAACGAUUUAAGAAAGUAGUUUUCAAGCGAAAUGUUGGACGCACUAGAUUUGUGUUUUUCAAAUAUACACUCUAGCGGUUUUGACGAAACUUUUCCCAAAGAAAAAAAAUGUUAAUCUACUCUGUACUGUAAUAGUAAUCGUAUUAGGUGUCCGACUUCUUACUCACUGUUGUGAACGAAAACCAUAAUUAAAUUCAAUUUUUCCGCUAGUGACAAUAAGUUUGACUUUACUCAUUUUACAUUACCCUUUUGAAUAGUUCGGAACAUGAUUAAUUGGAAUGGGUAAUCAGCAUUAACUUGCUCAGCAGAACUAAUAAAUUACUAUAACUUAACACUGAAACUGAUAAUGAAAUGAACAUUGGUGCUGUUCAGGAAACGAUAUUGUGAUAAUGGUAACAUUUUUGUGUGUGUUUUUAUAAUAAUUAACGAUUACAUUAUAUUGAUAGGUUCGCGGAAUGAGAGCAAUGAUAAGAAAGAAUACGAAAAACCUUGAAGGAUAAUAUCUGUAUGGGUCAUUAUACAAUGUCCUAUGUACAUAAUUUUAACUCAAUGUAAAAGAUCAAAAAAGCAAGCAAGAAGAGUAAAGUUAGAAGGCAAAGAUUACGUUCGUUUUACUUUGGAUUUGUAAACGGUCAGUAUGAUGAUGGUGUUCUCACUUAUCUCAUAGCGGGACGUUAUUGUUUAUUGAUUAUAUUAUAUUAUGAUAUAUUAAAAAUAACAAAAAAUAAUAUUAAUAUUAAUAAAUGUGUGAUCAUUUUCAAUGUUGAACAAGAAAUUAAUAUGUAAUACACAUACACAAUGUUUGUAAGUCAGUGUACAAAAAAAUAUACAUCGAAAUAUCUACACUA